AUGUUUGCUCAGAAACCCCCAUUUAGUCGUUCCGGUCAAAAGUUGGUGAUGCCAAAAGAAGUUGAAAUUUUAUUGAUCGAACUCGUCACUGAAUAUUUCCGUCAAAAACCAAAAGACACAAUUGAUUUCAUAUUAGAAUUUUUCAUAGCUAAAAGGGAAGCUAUCGAAGCCGACUUUUUAGCAGCUGAGGAGCUAAUGAUCAUUAGUCAAAUGGAAGAAGAAAAAGAGGAGGAAGAGACCCUAGAGCCUACCAUUACGCCGCCGCCGAGGGUCAGGCGCAAGAGCGUUUUUGCGGAAGCCAUAGAUCCAGAAGUUGCAGAUGACGACGAUGUUAAAGUGAUCUACCCAAAAACCGACGAACAACGACAACUUUUGAGCGAAUGUAUCAAGAAUAUUCUUAUUUUUCGAGCUCUUGAUGAGCAACAACAGCUCGAAGUUUUGGACGCAAUGUUCGAAAAGAAGGUAUACGCUGGCGAGGUUGUUAUUCGACAAGGAGACGAUGGUGAUAAUUUCUACGUCAUCGAAAAAGGUAUAUUCAGAGCUUCGGUACUUGUUGAUGAUGUCGAUACCCCAGUAUAUACCUACGAAGGUGAAGGUAGUUUUGGAGAACUGGCCCUGUUGUACAACGUUCCCAGAGCAGCCACCGUAACCGCUCUUUCGGACGGCUGUUUGUGGGCAAUGGACCGUCUCACUUUCCGCAGAAUAGUACUAAAUGCUGCAUUUAAGAAACGAAAGAUCUUUGAAACACUUAUCGACUCCGUUCCAAUGCUCAGCAACCUUCAAGCCUACGAAAGGAUGAAUUUAGCAGACGCCCUGGUGACCAGAUCCUUCGGACCAGGAGAAUGUAUCAUCAACGAAGGAGACGCAGCAGAUGGAAUGUACUUCGUUCAGGAAGGAAUGGUAAAUAUCUUAAUUACUAAUGCAAGUGGCCAGAAAAUGGAAGUAAAUCGUGUCGGCAAAGGAGGAUACUUUGGGGAAAUGGCUCUAAUCGAACACAAACCCAGAGCAGCCUCGGUCUUUGCAAUACAAAAUGUCAAAUUAGCAUUUUUGGAUAAGGCAACAUUCGAGCGAUUACUAGGUCCUUGCAUGGACGUUAUCAAACGAAACAUGGAAUUGUAUUCUGCUGUGGAUACGUCAUCUGAAAUGCAAUCAUAUUAA